GUAUAUGUGUCCAUGAAACAAGAUGGAGAGAAGAUAGUAUAGUGAAGUGGUGUACUUGUGGACAGAAUGGCUUUCCUGGACAACCCAACAAUUAUACUGGCUCAUAUUCGGCAGUCACACGUGACCAGUGAUGACACAGGGAUGUGUGAAAUGGUCCUGAUAGAUCAUGAUGUUGACCUGGAGAAGUUUAAUCCCUCGUCAGCAUAUGGGGACAGUGGUUCAGAAACACAGGGAAGCAACGGUGAGACUCAGGGCUAUAUAUAUUCCCAAUCAGUUGAUAUUACCUCAAGCUGGGACUUCGGAAUCAGAAGACGAUCAAACACAGCUCAGAGACUAGAACGUCUGCGGAAAGAGAGACAAAAUCAAAUAAAAUGCAAAAAUGUUCAGUGGAAAGACAGAAAUACUUCUUACUCAGCAGAGGAGCUGAGCUCACUAUUUGAAAAAAAGAAUUUCAGAGUAAAAUCUCCAUGUUCUGGGAAGCAGUCAAUACUGUCUGUGCGACUUGAACAGUGUCCACUGCAGCUGAAUAACCCCUUCAAUGAGUACUCAAAAUUUGAUGGCAAGGGUCAUGUUGGUACAACGGCAACCAAAAAAAUUGAUGUCUACCUCCCACUGCACACAAGCCAAGACAAACUACAGCCCAUGACAGUUGUGACGAUAGCAAAUGCCAAGGUGCAUGACCUGAUUGGACUAAUAUGCUGGCAAUAUACAAGUGAGGGACGGGAACCAAAACUGAAUGACAACGUCAAUGCCUACUGUCUCCAUAUUGCUGAGGAUGAUGGUGAGGUUGACACAGAUUUUCCACCCUUGGAUUCCAAUGAGCCCAUUCACAAGUUUGGCUUCAGCACUCUGGCACUGGUUGAAAAGUACUCUUCUCCCGGCCUGGCAGCAAAACAGUCGCUCUUUGUUCGCAUAAAUGCUGCUCAUGGAUUCUCACUUAUUCAGGUGGACAGUAUGAAGGUCACCAUGAAGGAUAUCUUACAAAAAGCCUUAAAGAGAAGGAAGGGAUCACAGAGAGGCUCAGGUCCUCAGUAUCGGCUGGAGAAGCAGAGUGAACCUAAUGUCCCAGUAGAUUUAGACUGUACCUUGGAGAGCCAGAGCACUUUGGAAUUCUGCCUUGUCCGGGAGAACAGUUCAAGAGGAGAAGAGGUCUCGGAGGAGGACCCUCAGAUCGAUAUAGCUACAGUUCAGGACAUGCUCAGUAGCCACCAUUACAAGUCCUUCAAAGUCAGCAUGAUCCAUAGGCUUCGAUUCACCACUGAUGUUCAGUUAGGUAUUUCUGGAGACAAGGUAGAGAUAGACCCCGUUACUAAUCAGAAGGCCAGCACUAAGUUUUGGAUUAAGCAGAAACCCAUUUCAAUCGAUUCUGAACUCCUCUGUGCCUGUGACCUUGCGGAAGAAAAAAGCCCAA